CAACCUCGACCAGCAGCAUGAGCAGCCCGAUCGACAUCCUCAUCGUCGGCUUCGGCGCCGUCGGCACCGUCUACGGCUGGAUCCUGUCCCAGCACUCGAACGUCCAGGUCACGGCUAUCGCACGCUCGUCGUACGACGCCAUGAAGGACGGCAUCACGAUCGAGUCGGAAAAGUACGGCCUCAUCCGCGACUGGAAGCCCUACCGCCUCGUGCGCACCGCCGACGAGGCGAACGACCGCCCUUACAAGUUCAUCAUCUGCGCCACAAAGUGCCUCCCCGACCUCAUGCCGACCGCGUCCGUCCUCGCCCCGUUCCUCGAGUCGCAGCACGCCCUCGCCAAGUCGGUCGACCUCGAGGACGGGCCCACGGUCGUCCUCAUCCAGAACGGCAUCGGCAUCGAGCACCCGCUCGCGACCGCGUACCCGUCCGUCCCCAUCAUCUCCGUCGUCGCCUGGAUCGGCGCCAACCUCAAGGAGGGCGGCAGGGUCACGCACGGCCUCCUCGAGCAGCUCAUCAUGGGUCUCUACACGGGCGAGGGUGGCCAGACGCCGGUCGACCCCGAAUUCGUCGAGGACGCUUUCGCCGACCCGCAUGGCUACCGCCAGCAGACCGACGGUCCUGCACGUCUCGAGGAGGGCAAGCGCCGCCUCCAGGCUUUCGCCGACCUUCUCAACGGCGGCGGGGGAACGGCCACGGUCGUGCCCGACAUCCAGGCCGAGCGCUACAGCAAGAACCUGUGGAACGCCGCGUGGUCGUCGCUCUGCACCAUGAGCCGCUGCACCGUCUCCCAAGCCGUCGCGCCCUCGGUCCUGCCGUACACGCUCCCCGUCAUCCGCCGCACCAUGCUCGAGGUCAUCUACGUCGCUCGCGCCUGGGGCUACAGCGAGCAGGUCUUGCCCCUGUCGCGCAUCGACGACGCCAUCAAGCUCACGAUCAAGAACUACCAGCGCCGCAUGCCCCGUGCGCCGCCGUCGGGCCCAGGCGCCGUCCCCGAAACGCCCGCCGAGACGCCGUGGACCUCGCCCGUCGACAACAAGGGCGCCGGGUACGGCUUCCCGGCGCCGGGCGAGCUCGCCGAGGAGUCGCAGGAGAGCUCGUACAACUUCAAGCCGAGCAUGCUGCUCGACAUCGAGGCCGGCAGGCCGUGCGAGCUCGAGCCCAUCAUCGGCAGCGUGCUGGACCGCGCGAGGGCGAGGGGCGUCCCGACGCCGAGGCUCGACAUGGCGUACGCGACGCUCAAGAUCCACCAGGACUCGGCCGUGCGCGACCACGCCUCGUCGUCGACGUACCAGGCCCACAUCAACUCGUGGCUGUCGCGCCCGCCCGCCGUCGCCGGCCUCGGUGCGGCAGGCCGCGCGGCGUGGGAGAAGGAGCGCAGCCGCAGGGAGCGCAUGCCCGAGUUUGAGAAGGGCAGCGUCGCCAUCGCUGGUGGGAGGGACAAGAUCCCGGGCAAGCCGAUCCGGACCGAGGAGACGAGCGACAUCAUCUGAAUGAGCGAGGAGGACGCGUCGGAACCAGGGACCCAAGUAGCCUCGCGUAGUCGGUAUUAUAGAGUGUGCCUCGUCCUG